UUCCUCGUAUGGACCCACUAUGGAGGGGUUGAAGAAUAUAUAUCAAGUGAAUACUCCCUCAUGUAGAAGUUCUUAGAUUUGGAGUAUCAAUUCAGAUAACGUCGAUAUACUCAGUAUCUAAGAACUCAUUUUCUCAUUCUCACAAGCUAUAUAUAGAAAUUACACCUUUUCCUCCCUUCAAAAUGGCAAUUUCAACCCCAAAUAAUAGCACCGUUCUCAUAACCGGUAUAAACGGCUAUAUAGCCAGUGUCCUUGGUAUGCAACUCCUAGAAGCAGGGUAUUCUAUUCGAGGCACCACACGUCGUCUCUCCAGUGCCGAUCCUCUUCUUGAAGGUCCUUAUGCACCUUAUAUAGAUCGAGUCAAGAUAUAUGAGGUACCUGAUAUGACAGUUUCUGGAGCUUUUGACGAAGCUGUUAAAGGUUGAAAUAUCCCCUCCAGACUAGUUGAACUGAACUAAUACCCACAAAGGCGUUCAUGGAAUAUUUCACACCGCAUCUCCAAUCGACUUCACUUUGACAACCUACGCCCAAAUGGUCACACCUGCCGUAGAUGGCACCAACACUCUUCUCAUCUCCGCCCUAAAAGCCGGUCCUCAACUCAAAGCAGUAGUAGUAACAUCUUCCGUCAUCGCCGUCACAAACCCUCGCACCGACUAUCACGUCUUCACCGAAGCGGACUUUGCAUCCGAAUACCUUGCGCAAGCACAACUCGAUCUAAAAGAAGGACGACAAACUCACCCAGGAGUCCUCUACGGAGCCUCCAAAACAGCCGCCGAUCAGGCCGUCUGGAAAUUCCUCAAAGAGACAAAACCAGCAUUCGCCAUCAGCACCAUCAACCCUGCCGUAGUAGUCGGCCCUCCAGUUUACCUACCCAAGACAGGCGACAAAUUAAACGAAACCCUAAGACCAAUCUGGAGCAUGCUCUCGGGAAACGCCAAAACCAUCCCUGACGAUAUCGGAAGCGCAAGUUGGGUAGAUGUUCGUGAUGUGGCCUAUAUGCACAUAUGGGCAUUCGAGCAUCCAGAAAAAUCAAACGGAGAACGUUACAUAGGAUGUGUCGGAAUCGGUCCCUGGCAGGCACAUGCCGAUAUCACAAGAGCGUAUUUCAAGGAGAAGGGAGAAGAGCAAAUUGUGAAAAAUAUACCACUUGGAAACCCUGGAGAGGGAUACGUCGGAUAUAACAAGGAAACGGGAAUAGUGGAAAGAGUGGAAUUGGCACCUGAUGCACCGAGGGUGAGUGGUGAGAAAGCGCCGAAGGAAAUGGGAUUCACGUAUAAGAGCUUAGCAGAGAGUACGAUUGCGACGGCGGAAGCUAUUAGACCUUUACUCUAAGAGAGUUAGAGGGAAGGGGAAGAAGUCUUGUGUUAGAUUUUAGAUUAGAGGUGUAACACUUAUCACACAUAUAUUUGUAUAACUAGUUUGUUAUAGAAUAGACCGAAUAUAGAUAAAUAG